CUUUCUUCCACAUCACAUUUUACACCCCAUCAACACUAAAACAUUACCAUCCUCACAACACCACCCUAGAUAAGAUUUCUAACUGAAAUCAACCACUUCUCUCUCUCCCCCCUACCUCCAUCUCCAUUCCUAGAGAGAGCUCCAACACCAAAAAAAAACAUAAACAUUACAACAAUGGCUUGCUCUCUCUCAUUCAGUUCAUCAGUAAGCAGCUUCCAACUCCCUACCACCACUCAAUCAACUCAAACACUCCCUACAAACGCCUCCAUCCCCGCCACAUGCCCGAUCCAAUGCGGUCUCCGAGAGCUCCGUGAGCGCAUUGGAUCAGUUAAAAACACUCAAAAGAUCACCGAAGCAAUGAAGCUAGUGGCAGCAGCUAAAGUGCGGCGUGCGCAAGAAGCAGUUGUUAACGGUCGUCCCUUCUCCGAAACACUCGUCGAAGUACUCUACAGCAUCAAUGAGCAGCUCCAAACAGAAGACGUCGAUGUUCCUCUUACAAAAAAUCGUCCUGUCAAGAAAGUUGCUCUUGUUGUCGUAACAGGUGAUCGAGGUCUUUGCGGAGGUUUUAACAAUGCUAUACUUAAAAAAGCAGAGCAAAGAAUCUCUGAACUCAAAGGUCUUGGGGUCGAGUAUACCGUCGUAAGUGUCGGUAAAAAGGGAAACUCUUACUUCCUUAGACGCCCAUAUAUCCCUGUUGAUCGGUACCUUGAUGGUACUAAUCUACCAACAGCAAAAGAUGCACAAGCUAUUGCUGAUGAUGUAUUCUCUCUGUUUAUAAGUGAAGAAGUUGACAAAGUUGAACUUCUUUACACAAAGUUUGUUUCUUUAGUGAAAUCAGACCCUGUAAUUCACACACUUCUGCCUUUAUCUCCUAAGGGAGAAAUCUGUGACAUCAAUGGAAAUUGUGUAGACGCAGCAGAAGAUGAAUUGUUUCGAUUGACGACUAAAGAGGGUAAAUUAACUGUUGAGAGAAAUGUUGUUAAAGCUGAGACACUAGCAUUUUCGCCUAUAUUGGAAUUUGAGCAAGACCCUGUUCAGAUAUUGGAUGCUCUAUUGCCAUUGUAUCUUAACAGUCAGAUUCUGAGGGCAUUGCAGGACUCCCUUGCUAGCGAGCUCGCCGCGAGGAUGACUGCCAUGAGUAAUGCUACUGAUAAUGCCAGUGAGUUGAAGAAAUCGCUAUCGAUGGUGUAUAAUAGAGCGCGUCAAGCUAAGAUUACUGGGGAGAUUUUGGAGAUUGUUGCUGGUGCUGAUGCUUUGGUCUGAGAAUAAGGAGUAUUUAUAUACUAGUACUAUAUCUUCUGUUUUUGUUUUCUCCUCCUUAUUACUUCUUUUUGGGAUGAAUUAUGGUUAUUGUUGGUAUAAAUAUGGAUAUUAUUACUUCUAUUAUAUAUGUAAUUUGAUGAUGAUUUUAAUGAA